UCUACUUUUGAGGAAUUAAUGCAGCCUUUAAAAUGUCCUUCUGCUUCAGGGCUGUGUUUUGAUCUGCGCUUCUGCCUGGGAAUCAGUAGCGGAGAGAAGUACCUCCACCUCUGGGAUCUUUCCUCCUGCAUCAGCGACCCGUCUCUCACCUAUAACACACAUAAACCCAGACGUGACGGCACACGGGAGAUCGUACCAGUGGGGAAAUCUCCACGGUACGCCGUGUGCCUCUCCGUCAGACCUGGGACGGUGUUCGUGUGGAACCUGGCCAGACGUCGCUUCCUCCACCGGCCGGUCAGAGUGGAGCACGGCCUCUACAGCAGCACCGACGUAGCGCUCGCCCACGGCUUCAAACUUUACAUCCUCACAGACAGAAGCAACAACAGCGGCACGGUCGGUUAUCGGUUCCAGACUCUGCUGGUGUACGAUCUGAUCAAGCGGAGCUAUGUGGGAAGACGGACAGGGAUUGCAGUCGUGCCCUGUCUACAGCAUGAAUACCGUCUCCUGGAGGACGGACGGACUCUUCUGGGUCUGUCGGAGGACAGAGAUGGUCUGAUCCUGUGGAAUCUGGACUCCGGCUCCAUCAGACAUGAGAUCAAGCCGCCCCCCAGAGAGAGGAGGAGGAGCAGGAGGAGGAGCAGGAGGAGGAGCAGGAGGAGGAGCAGGAGCCCCGUCCAGGACCUGACAACAUGUGACGGCCUCUUCUUUACACUCCUGUUUCUAAACAUGUUCCCGUGGAGACUUUUAGACCGAUAUGAAACUCAAGAGGAUGAGGAGGAGAAGGAGGAGGAGGAGGCGAGUGUGGCCAGAGAGGAGUUUAACUCUAUAGACCAGUAUCUUCUGAGUGGAGACCAUCAGGUCGUAGUCUGCUCCUACUUCGCCCACCACCUCCACGUCUUCAGCCUGGCGUCCCGCGAACACGUCCACGUCCUGGAGGACGGGACGUCCCUGCUGGACCUCCGUCCUGCAGCUCUGACCCACAGCGGUGGACACCUGGUGCUGAGCAGCUACGACCAGGACCAGAGGACGUCCUGGGUCACACUGUGGGACCUGAGAGGAGGGACGGUUGUGCGGAGGCUGAGGGACGAGGCUGGACUUUGUUGCGUGGACGUGACGGAGGACGCAGACAGAGUCGUCUUCGGGGUCGUCGGGGGGAACAGCCUGAAGCUGUGGGAGCCUUUCAACACAACCUGCAUCUGCAUCGUCGGCUACGGGACGCUGAGUCUGGACGUGUCCUCUCAAGUCCACGUGACGGAGGGCGGAGCCAGAGCCUUCCUGCUGUCAGGUUGUUCUAAUGGCCGGGGUCAGAUCAGCCUCUGGGACCUGGACGCCUGCAGCGUCCUCUCCGUGGUCUCCCUGGACGCGCACGUCCGCUGCUCUGAGCUGCUCGGUGGACGCGAGGGACCCGUCCUGCUCGGCCUCAGCCACGGCCCGGCCCUCAUCACCGUUGGGUCCACGACGUCCGGGACGGACAACGUCUCCGAGGACCUGUUUGGAGAGUCCAGCAGCAGCGAGGACGAAGACGGAGACGCCCAGGUCUAGUGAUAGCGUCUCUAAUAGGGUUUUAUGUCUUUAGCUUGUUCAGUAUCUAAACUACACCUAUCAGCCAUAACAUUAUGACCAUCUUGUGUCAAUUCAUUGUCAGCAGUGGAAAUGUUUGAACCUGGUACUGAUCUAGUGCUGAUUCAUGUGGAUGUGCAGUCACAUGCUGAAACAUUUUUCAUUUUAAAUACAGCGACAUACUGGUGUACUUGAUUACACACCACGUUUGGGACACUACGCAGCGAGACACUGUUUCAGGCCGGACCAUUUUCACUAUGGCGCUUCUAAACCCUUUAGAGCCUGAACGCAUCGCUGGUGAUACGUUAAAGCAUGUGGCAUUUGAAUUACCGUAACUACAAGAGAAGACUUGCACCAAAAUUUGUUCGUUUUUGUUUUUGUUUUUUUAGGGACAGUGCCCCUUUUGGGUGACCUGUCCCCCGGCUGAAGUUGUCCCCAGAAUUAUCCCCAACUUUAGCUUUUUAUGAACGAGGGGGAAAAAAUGAUGCACACAUACUAUAAUUAUUACGGUAUCUGGUCGUGCUGCUAUUGACAUUACAGACAUAGUAGUUUAAAUAUGUUUAAAUAUGAAUAUGUCGAAAUAAAUUAAACCGUAAAUCUUAACUUAAACCGUUAAAUCUUGAAGCUGUAAACGUCCCCAGAUUUCCACAUCAGCAGACAGAGCUAACGCCUGUUUACAACUAGUGUUGGAUUAUUCUACUAAUAUCAACUCAUCAUCACAGUAAAAUAGCAAUAACAUGUGUCAUCACAUUGACGUACGACUUAAACGUGGUGCAACAUCACCAUAAAGUGACUGUUUGUUUGUACACGCCCUCGUCCUCCGCCCAACGUGAGCCCUUAGACGCUGCCGUUGUUGUUGUGUAGCAACUUCCAUAGCAGUGACACUCCCUGAUAGCAGCAGUAUCUUUGGGAUGAUCCACCUUAGAGACCCCUCCCCUCAACACAUAGGACCCAUUCAGGAGCCUCUCAGAAGGUCCACGUCCAUGUAGGGAGAAGAAGGGGGUCAUAAUGUUAUGGCUGAUCAGUGUGGGCCACAUAAUCUACAUAAUUUGCUAACAUUUUGGUCCAAAUAGAAACUGAGGGACUAGACGUUACCUGACUUGGCACGUUUCCAUGCUAAUGCUAACGCUAUCAACG